AUGACUGACUUCGUGCGCAGGGGAAAGCACAUCUCCUACCAGAGGGGAAAGCGUAACACCACCCCCGGUACCUCGCUUCUCAAGCUCGAGGGCGUCGACAGCACCGACUCCGCACAAUGGUACGCCGGUAAGCGCGUUGCCUACGUCUACCGCGCCCAGCGAACGGUCCGUGGCUCCAAGAUCCGCGUCAUUUGGGGCAAGAUCACCCGCCCUCACGGCAACUCCGGUGUUGUCCGCGCCAAGUUCAGGUCCAACCUCCCGCCGAAGACCUUCGGUGCUUCCGUCCGCGUCAUGCUUUACCCUUCGUCCAUAUAA